CACGGAGCUCCCCUCUCCGGAGGCCGCCGUGCCCUUGAGGCCAUGCGCCGGCCCGCCCGGGCCUCUCUCUGGCUCCCGAAAUGCCCACCGCGACCCCCCAGUACGGUCACCGGAGUUUACGGUCACUCCUCCUCCCAGCCUUGCCGUGGGGCUGAGGGCAGCGGCUCGCGGCCCCCAACCGGGGAUUGGAGGAGGGGCGGGCUGGAGAGAAAAGGUGCCCCGCCCAGGGUCCUCUCUCGGGGGGAGGGGCUCUGCGUGUUUCCAGCCUCUCCUCCUCCUCUCCCCCCCCGCAGGGCUGCGCCCAGCCAGCCUCCCUCCCUCCCUCCCUCCCUCCUGCGGCUCUCUUGCUUGGCGGGGCUGGGCAUGCGCUCAGUCCCUCUCGGGGGCGCCUCUCUAUCCCUCGCAAUGGGGAAUUUGUCUGAGGCUGCCCCGACCUGGUCACUCUCCUCCUGUGGAGGAUCCGCAGCCUGGCGGUCAUAAAUCACGCGCGCCGCGAAGGAAAUACCCUCCUCCCCUCCCGCCGCCUGGGCCGCGAAUCCUGACAUCCGCCCUCCCUCCCUCCCUCCCUCCCUCCCAACAGGCGGUCACCCCAGAUCCGCAGCCGCUCCUCGGCGACGACUCGCUCCCCCACGCCCUAAGAGCUGGGGGAGGGGAGAGCCAGAGACCCCCCCCCGUUGUCCCCCUUCCCCCCCGCCUCGCCUCCCCGUCUCCCGAGGCGCAGAUGUGGCGCUGCGGCGGUACGCCCCGUCGGUGCCGGUGGCCGAGGCAGAUGGACAAAUCGCCUCCCGGAGGUCGCUCCCUCUGGUAAGAGCCGGCUCAGGGGACCCGGGAGGGAAGAGGCAGCAACAGACUCGCGGCGCUGCCCACCCCACCGCAUCCCCGCCGUGGGCGCGCACAAAGCGGCGUCGAGACGCCACCCCUCCGCCCCCAUCUAGUGCCAAGGUUGCGGAACCCCUCGAAGCUCCCUUCCCCCCGCACGGACAGGAGCGGCCCGUUCCCUCGCCGUUCGCCAUGCAUUCCUUGGACGAGCCCCUGGACCUCAAGCUGAGCAUCUCCAAGCUCCAGGUGGCACGAGAGAAGUAUGGGGAGGCCCUGGGCAGCAGCAAGCCCCGGCCCUUCCGCCCCGGCAUGCCCCAUUCCCCGCUUGACAGCCUCCAGUCACACUCCAAAUGCCAUGACAAGAGGGACAGCUGCUUUUCUGCCCCCACCAUCGACCUGAGCCUGUCUCCUCUGCCAGGCUUGGACUCCCCCAGCGGCGGCAGAACCUCGCUCUCCCCGGACAGGCAGAGCGGCGGGGAGCUGGGGAGCUCCUCCACCCUGUGUGAUCUCCAGUCCCUGCGCUACCUCGAUGGCCUUCGCAGCUCUUUCCAGUUCUUCCUGCCCCUGAACUCGGGGGGUGCCUUGCACCUGCCCGCCUCAGCCUUCCUGACCCCACCCAAGGAGAAGCGGCUCUCCCCGGAGUUGCCUUUGCAGAAGCAGCUGAUGUGUCGGUGGUCCAAGUGCAAUCAGCUCUUCGACCUGUUGCAAGACCUUGUGGACCAUGUCAACGACUUCCACGUGAAGCCAGAGAAGGAUGCCGGCUACUGCUGCCACUGGGAGGGCUGCGCUCGCCACGGCAGGGGCUUCAAUGCCAGGUACAAGAUGCUGAUCCACAUCCGCACACACACCAAUGAAAAGCCCCAUCGCUGCCCCACCUGCAAUAAGAGCUUCUCUCGGCUGGAAAACCUGAAGAUCCACAAUCGCUCCCACACAGGUGAGAAGCCUUACCUCUGCCCCUACGAAGGCUGCAACAAGCGCUACUCCAACUCCAGCGACCGCUUCAAGCACACCCGCACGCACUACGUGGACAAGCCUUACUACUGCAAGAUGCCGAGCUGCCACAAGCGCUACACGGACCCCAGCUCCCUCCGCAAGCACAUCAAGGCCCACGGGCACUUCAUCUCCCAGGAGCAGCAGGAGCUGCUGAAGCUGCAGCCACUGCCCUCCAAGACCCCCCUCGCCACCGCAGCAGAAGUGCCUUACAUCAACGGGGCGCAGAUCAUCAUCCCCAACCCUGCCACCCUCUUUGGCAACCAUGGCCUGCCCCUCCCCCUCACACCAGCCCCCCUGGAUCUCAGUACCUUGGCCUGCGGGGGGCUGGGCGGUGCUGCGCUGGCUGGCCUCCAUAGCCCUGUCCUGGGCCCCCUGAACUUGGCCAAGAACCCGCUCCUCUCGCCCCCCUUUGCAGCCAGCAGCCUGGGUCUGCCCGUCGUGUCCCUGCUGGCUGGCGCCUCCGCCAAGGCACACGCCGAGAGAAGCCCCCCCAGGAGUGGCCCCAGGCCCACCAAAGGCAGCAGCCGGUCUCCAGCACCCCAGAACUGCAAAGAGGCCAACGAGAGGAGAGAGCUGGAGCGGCUGCGGCCGGCGGCAGAGAGCCUUUCGCUGAUACCCAGCGGCGUCUUGGACCUGUCCACCGGCAUGAACUCUGUGGGGAGCCCAGACUGUUUGCCGCCGGGCUGGGUGGUGAUCCCAACAGGCUCCGUUUUACUGAAGCAAGCGGUGGUGAAUUGAGGAGAGACAAGGACGACACCAGCAUGGCUGGCUUGCCCUGCCAUUUCCACCUUCAGCCCAAGCCAGCGCUUGUGGCUCUGGGUGCGCUCCAGGGCAAGGAAAGGGUCAGCAGAGCUCACACGGAGCACCUCCCUGACUGGAAGCUUCUUGCAGAAGGGGCGCUGUCUUGGGUCUGAAGGUAGCUCCCCACUCAUGCCACCCCCCACAGCCUCCUGUCCUCCUGUGGCCACUGGACUGGCAACCCAUGGCGUUUUGACACUCACGACAGAGGAGCCCGGCUCUUCUGAGCAAAGCAAUACACAGACUUUCCCUGAGCAGCAGCCACCAACUGUCCCAAUGCGGCCCUAGAGCAGGAAUGCUUAGAAAGAGUCAUUCUCCGCCUUGGAUGCCAUUUCCUUUUGCUUUCCGAACUGCUGAACCAGCUGCUCUUUGCCCAGUUGCUCCCCCAGCAAAAGCCACACCGCUCCCUCCCUCUCGGCCCCUUUUAGUGGGGAAACCAGAAAGCGCAGGCCAGUACCCCCUGCCCGCUGUGCUCCCUCCCGCCAUCCCAUCCCAUGAACGUGGCUUCUCUCCCCACCAACCCCACCCCCCGGCACCACUAGGGCUGCUUCUCUCCCCAAGGCCCAGCAGUGCUGACCUCCUGGCACCAGUUGGGCCAGGGAGGUUUCCAGGCCGGCGAAAGUCCUCCGCUUCCACUGCGCAGGGAAGGAGCCCGGGAGCUGAUGCUGGAGGUUCUGCCAGCACACAGGGUAUGCCUUCUGGGCGCAGCUCCUGCCCAAGCUCCCGCCUAGCAAUUGCAAGCAGCCGGGCACUCUGCCCCAGCUCUCCCCGACAAGGCACACCACGCGUGUGGCUGUGUUGCUCAGCAAGCCUUUCCCUGACGUGGAGGAACUGAAAUAUUCACUUCCCCCUAAUAACUGUUACUUGCGUUCUAAAGCUGUGCAACCUGCGGAGAUCACCAGAAAUGGGGGGGGGGACCCAGAUGUGCCCUUCUUGGCUCUCCCCCCACCGCAGGCCCUUCUCCCCAAGGGGCAAGGACUUGCCUUGCCCACCCCAGCCAGUCCCUCUCCUUUGGCUAGGGGCCAGCCCUUCCGUUAGGGAAUGUCCUGCUGAGCCACGGGGGGUUGGUGCUCCCUUCAGGCACAAGCCCUGGGGCAGAACACUCCUGGGCCUUCUGACAGCGCUUCUGCUGAGCUGCCCUAUACCACGUCAAGGGCAGCCAUUGUGAGAGGCAGGUCGGAGCAUCACUUGCUUCAAAAGCAAGCGCUCUGCCUUGCUUUGAGAGAGGAGGUAUUGGGAGGACCAAGCAUCCUUGCAAAUAUCUGAGGAAUGGGCGGAGAAGCAGCCAGGCAAGACUGCUUCCAGUCUCCCCUCAACCAACAGCAGCCGCCUCUGGCAAUCCUCUAGUGUCUCAGCCACCAUCUGUAGAAUGGGUCUAUCGCAAACUGUCUCCACCAAAUAGGGCCAGUGUGAGGAUUGAGAUAAUGUCCUUGCAAGUGAACAGGUGGCAGCAAGCCAAGCAGCCCCCCUUCUGGUGGGGGAUCAGCUGCACAAACCCCACCCUUUGUGCUAGGUUAAUUCACAGCUUGCUAUCACCUCAAAAGCAAAUAAAGCAGGUUCUGAUGGAGCCUCAGCCACACCCCUUUCCAUUUGUUGGCUAAAGCAAAUAUAAGGGCCGGAUCUGCAUGUCCAAAGGGGAGGAACUUUUUCCUGCCACCUGACCAGGCAGCUGCGAAAGCGACACUAGUUUCAAGGCCUGCUAGAUUCCUCCUUGCCUGUUCCUCAAGCAGUAGAGACCCCUGCUCCCCCCAAGUUCCCGCUCCUUUGCUGGAGUCCACUUUACCUCUUGACUGCCCUCCCUAAUUUGGAGGGAUCACUCUGUGUCUCCAUUCCAUAUUCCUGUACAAGGGGGUCCCCAUGUACCUCUCCCCAGGCCCUUGUUUUUAGUGGGACCCCUGCUAUGGGCUUCCAGCCAAACAAGUCUCCUUCACCUGCUGCUGCCUCUUUCUCAGACUCCUCACUGCAGCUGCAGGUGGGAGGGGGCCUCCAACAGCCCACCCCCAGCGCUGUCAAGAUGGCCUAAAGUCAUGCACCGUGCAUCCAAGGGGAGCUGGCCUCCCAGGCACACGGUGGAAGGCUGUGCACGCAAACAGCCCAGGCUGGACAGGAGCACAGCACUCUGGGGGCCCAGCAUGCCUUGCUAAUUGACCAGGCCUAUGAGCCAGUGAACGUGUCCACUUAAUUUUCUGUCUAUUGUUGUCCCUCCCAGGCAGUCAGUAUUUUAAAAUGUUUCUAAGUGCCUUUCGAUUGUAGUUUAUGUUGGAUUUCUCCCACCCACCCCUCCUGCCUCCAUCACUGUUAGGAUAGUUAAAGACAGAAAGAGAUAAGCUAUGACCCAAUCCUCUGUCCCAGAGGAUGGUUGUUACGAAAACAAUAAAGUGAAUCCAAAAACUCUAA